CAUCUUCAUCUCUGUCUCUUUUUCUACCUUCUCUCGUGCUGUGCUUCACCAUAAAAAGCCAGCUUUUUCAUCUCUUUCUCCAUCAACAUUUAAGCGUAUAAUCAGCUUUUGCUUAUUCCCUUUAAGCUUUUAAUGGAGGAUCGUAAGGAGAAAAAUGCUCCAUGGCUAUCAGUGCCGCAAUUUGGGGACUGGGAUCAGAAGGGACAGUUGCCUGAUUACUCCAUGGACUUCUCCAAAAUCAGAGAUAUGAGGAAGCAAAACAAGAGAGAUGUCUCAAGAGCAAGUCUUGGAAAUGAAGAAGACUUAAUUAACCCAACAGCCACCACCGCUGACACCACCCAAAAUAGCCACCAUGAUCAGCGGCAGCAGCAGCAGCAGCAGCAUUAUCAUCAGGGCCACCACCACUCUCCCACUACAAGGAGGAGCAUUCUCAGCUACUUCAACUGUUGUGUGAAAGCCUAAAGAAAGCAAAGCAAUGCCAUUUUUUUAGAUGGUUUUGUGAAGUUUGUGUAAUGAAAAUGAAAUGAAGAGUUGAAUCAAUCCACUUUUUUUUAUGUUUUUUUGUUUAAUUUCUUUUCUUCCACUCUUCUCCUUAAUUGGGUUCUCUCUUCUUCUUCCACUCUUUUGUAUUAUUAAUUGUUGCUCUAAUUCUCAAGUUGAUGGAUUUCUUUUCUGAUGAAAUUCCAAUUAUGAAGAGAUGGAAUUCUCGAUUCCCCGAUAAAUACAAAUGGAGUAUCUUUCUUUGUUCAUGAA